UCUGUCUCUCUCUUUGUCUCAGAUAUUAUAUUUAAAAAUAAAUUUCACUGCAGUGCAGAGAAGAGGUCUCAGGACAGGAUGGCAGCACACAGUUUUUGGAUAUUGUGUGGAGUUGUAACUAUCUUUGGGACUUUGAUGGUUCAAGUGCAGUGCAAUGAAGAGUCACAGCUGAUCAGUGACCUGUUUAAAGAUUACAACAAGAAUAUUCGGCCGGCGGUUCAUCCUGAAGACAAGGUGGAGGUUCAGAUCAAACUGACUCUAACAAACCUCAUCUCCCUGAAUGAAAAAGAGGAGACUCUUACAACCAACGUGUGGAUUGAGAUUCAAUGGACUGAUUAUCGCCUUUCCUGGAAUAAAAGUGAUUAUUAUGGUAUUGAUAUUAUUCGAGUCCCAUCCACGACUGUGUGGCUCCCUGACAUUGUCCUUGACAACAAUAUUGACGGCAAAUUUGAUGUGGCUUACUACGCCAACGUGCUGAUCUAUGACAGUGGUUGGAUGUACUGGCUUCCUCCUGCUAUCUAUCGCAGCACCUGUGCCAUUGAAAUCACCUACUUCCCAUUUGAUUAUCAAAACUGCACCCUGGCAUUCAGAUCCCAGACCUACAGCGCCAAUGAAGUGGAUCUCAUCCUGGCUAUUGGAGAAACUGGGAACGUUAUUGAGUGGGUAGACAUCGACCCAGAGGCUUUCACAGAGAAUGGUGAGUGGGCCAUUGUCCAUCGUCCAGCCAGGAAGAUGAUCAAUACUAAAUAUUCUCCAGACGACCUGGAGUAUCAAGAGAUCAUGUUCAAUAUAAUUAUCCAGAGGAAGCCUUUGUUUUACAUCAUCAACAUCAUCCUGCCCUGCUCUUUAAUCUCCUCGCUGGUUGUCCUGGCUUAUUUCCUACCUGCACAAGCCGGUGGACAGAAGCUGACUGUGUCCAUCUCUGUUCUGCUGGCUCAGACUGUCUUCCUCUUCCUCAUUGCUCAGAAGGUCCCUGAGACGUCUCUCUCUGUGCCUCUUAUUGGAAAGUACUUGAUCUUUGUCAUGUGUGUGACUACUCUUAUUGCAACCAAUCAAAUCGUGGUGCUGAACUUCUCCCUGCGUAGUCCCAGUACUCAUACCAUGUCCCACACUAUCAAACAUAUAUUCCUGGAGAUGGUACCUCGUUUCCUGGGCAUGUCUCCCCUGGUGGAUGACAGUGAAGUGACAACAGAGGUAAACGGAGUGAGGGAGCGGCGGCGGAGUUCUUUUGGCCUGAUGCAGAGAGCAGAAGAAUAUGUACUGAAACAACCACGCAGUGAAAUGUUGUUUGACAAACAGAGAGAGAGGCAUGGCCUGACAAGAUCAAUUGUGGACAACAUAGAUGUUAGCAGCACAGCUAACCUAUAUAAGAGUCUGGCCCAGGCUGCACCUGAGAUCAAGCAGUGUGUGGAUGCCUGUAAUUUUAUUGCUGAGAGCACAAGACAACAAAACAACAUUGGAUCUGAGAUUGAAAGUUGGGUGCUGAUUGGAAAGAUGAUUGACAAGGUGUGUUUCUGGGCUGCCAUCCUCCUCUUCAUCAUCGGCACGGUGGGGAUCUUCCUAACAGGACACUUCAACCAGGCACCGGAGUUUCCAUUUCCUGGACAGAACAAAAAAUAUAUUUCAGAUUAAAAAGCCUUCGACUAAGGUCACUGUAACUCAUGUUAUUUAUAAGGCUGACCAGUCUUGCUAAUCGACUCAGAUUCAGAGUUGAGUUAUGUAAAUCUGCUGUUUUAACUACAGAGAUUUAACACCCUUCAACAGUUUGCGUCAAUAUUGAAACCUCUGGCUUAGCUUAAUGAUGCCUAUUGAGCAGCAGGGAGUUUCCAUUUGUACUUACAGCUCUGUAUAGGUGCCUUGAGCAUAUGCAGAGGGGAUGACUGAGUUUAGUUAUAAAGAUGAUGUUUUAUUGAACAAAUCAUAAAAAAUAGAGAUGAUACUGUAACUUCACAGUUUAAUAAACUUCAGAGCUACAACUUCAUUUUACAGCCUUUAAAGAGCUCAGGCCAUGAUGGAGUUUCACUGCAUGUACUGUCUUAUGUGAAGAACUUGUGCAUGUAACUUGAGCCAGCCAACUCUGAAUCAAAGCCUUAUUAUUCUUACUAUGACUUAUUUAUUAGGAAGUCUUCUUAGACGUAGAUGGCUCGGUGGGGCUUUGUCUUGAUUUCAUUGUGCCAUGUUUUGUAAAUAAAUAUUUUAUUUUGUGCA